GAAUAUUUCCAUUGAACUAGAGCUUUAUUUGCUAAAAAUAUACCGGGUGGAAGGCCGAUUGGUUCGACGACUUGCAAUAAAUGUUAUUUCUAAAAAAUAUAUUGUUUACAACUUCAUAUCUCUUAAUUGCUCCGAAAUUGACCUCUCAUAUUAUCGCCGGUGUUGGAGCAAAUAAAUCCUGUUCAAAAAUUCCAACAAUAACAAGUCUAUCAACAACGGCAGAAUCACCGGCAUCAUCAUCUACUACUGCUGCAGACGGCGACACAACAAAAAUGGAUGUAGAAUUCAAAUAUGAAUCUGGAAAAAGUUCGGUAGCAUUUGUAACAACACCCGACGAUAAAAUCGCAAAGAAAUUAGCUCACGGUCUGGUGGAACGAAAAUUGGCAGCAUGUGUUAACAUUAUACCAAAUAUUCAGUCCGUCUAUAUGUGGGAGGGAAAAGUAAAUGAGGACAACGAAUACUUGAUGAUGAUCAAAACACAAACAACACAUGUUGAAGAGCUGACCAAAUGGAUACGAGACAAUCAUCCCUACAGUGUGGCCGAGGUUAUAACACUGCCCAUAGAAAAGGGAAAUUUACCAUACAUGAAAUGGUUGGCGGAAUCUGUACCGGAAAAGAAGUAAAUCAUUAUAAAGUAAAAUGAAUUCAUUCUUAAUAAAAUACAAUUGGAAAAUUUUUAAAAGAGUAUUUUGAAAAUAUGAAAAGAUUCUAAGUUGGAAAUAUUCAAUUUAUAUUCAUAUUUCAAAGGAAUAACAAAAAUAUUGUACCUUGAGCUCAAAACAGGAAAUUUUGUUUAACCAAUAAACAAAAGAACAUAUUCGGGUUAACUGAAACAA